GGGCAACUUCGCCACCUCGACGCUCCGCCCUUGCGCUCUUCUAUCAGCGUUUUUCGCAGCGCCUCCCCGAUCCUCACGCCGUUGUCCGUCGCCAGUCCGGUUGCCUACCUCGGGCGCUGUUCACGGCUACCCUCUGGCUUAUAGUCAUCCCCUCGGCACCGUGUCCGUCUUCUGCUAGAUAAAUAAAGAGAGCGGACGAUAAGAGAGUGAGAAACGUAGGAAGGGAAGAAAGAAAGACAGAGAAAAGGGAACAGAGAGAGAGAGAGAGUCGAGCGUAUUCCGUCGCGACUUACAAUAUCAUUGUCUCAUGCGCCGGGCAUUCAGGGUGAGGAGGAGCGUCGGGUAGCAGCGUGGCCGCGGCGGCGUCGUCGCCGCGACGCUCGGUCGCGCGCACGAGCUCUCAACUCUGUGUGAUCUGUGGCAGUGGGAAGCGCGUCGCGUCGCGUCGCGCCGCUCCGCGAAGCGAGGCGAGAAGCGUCGUCGUGUAGCGACAUGCGCCACGGCUACUGGCGGCAGCCUUGCGAGGUGUCGACUGUAAGCAGAAAGACGAGCAGAAACACGAGGAGGACGCGGACCAAGACGAGGAGGAGAACGGAGACGAGGACGAAGACGAAGAGAUUAUCAACGGGGAUACCGUGAGCGCCGGCUACGGAAUUGAAGACGUGCGACGAAGAGUCGCACUCCCGGACGUGCUAAAGUGCUGCUGAAAGGUAUUAACGGGAGAGGACGCAUGACGAAGGGACGGUGCGACGGGUGAUCAACGAGUGGCAUGAACGACGUGAACGACGGCGUCGAGGAUUACUCUCGCGGCGAUGCUCAUAGAGGAAGUGCCAAGGCUGCAACGACGACGACCGCCACGACGAUUCCGUUCCUCGUGUACGCCUCGACCGCCGUACGGUCGGCCCGAUUGACGACGCCCGGUCGCGGCACGGAGAACUUAACAAACCCGGUGAACGAUCACGCCCCCGCUACGUGCUGCACGUAGGUCGAUCGACGAUGUGAAUACGCGUCGUAGAAGGCGCCCGAGGUCAGUAGCAACGAGACGCCGCGCGGUCUACCAAAUGGUAGCCUUCGCGCGGACCUUCGCGCGAAAUUGUCAGCCGCUCGCGUUCCUUCGUCAAGAGUAACUAGGACGAAAAUCAGAUCCCUAUCGAUUUUCAGAGGACGUUUUCCUCGAAAAGGACUGUCUUCGAAGAUAAGGAUCUUUUCCCUUAUUCUCCUCUUCAUUCAAAGGAGACGAGUUCCCUAAGUGACAAGAGCUCGCUUUCGCGAGAUAAGGAUUCGAGAACUUUUCUCGCGGUUGAGAGAAAAAGAGAGAGAGAGAGAGAGCCUCCUCUCGGAGACAAGAACUCGCCUUCAGACAUUAUGCGUGUCCUUGGUUUCGCGCGUGGGAUCCUGAAUUUGCGGUGCCUCACGGUCAUCGAAUAAUCGGAUCAGUGCGCGACGUUUUGUCCUUUUCAUAACGUGUUCUUGUCGACGGGAUAGCUGUAAUCUUGCGUGAUUGACGGCAGAAGAGCAGCUGUGUCAUGAAGAGACCGCGGGCCGCGUUCGUCGCGGACGCGGUCGCAGAGUCUCGUCUUAAGAUGUGUCGUGCGGGGAUGACGAAGCGGGGGUGUCGUUGCAUCCUCGAGGAUGCGAGGAACGACGGACGAGCGCGAUCGGCUCAAUUCUACGCGAUAGUGUCGUACUACGUGGCGGCAGUGCCUCGUUGAAGGACGAGGUCGAGUGGCGCGUUCUUUCCGGUACAUGCGACAUUCCUCGUUGAUGUUGCAUGCGGUGAAAAUAGGACGAAGACGAGCGACAAUAAAUUCCUUCAGCAGGAAAUGGAGCGCCGUGUUAUUGCAUAACACGGCGCUCCAUCUCUCACUAUAACCAUUGCCACUUUCCAACCCUCCACCACCGCCGCUGUCGCCUGCUCAUUCUCCUCCUCCUCCUGCUCUUCUUCUCCGCUCACCCCUUCUCUCGCUUUAGCAUGCGCGCGCGCUCUCGCGCCUCCUCUUCGUCGUCCUUUUUCUCUCUAUCUUUUCGCGCCUCUUGCUCGAUCGACAUGUCACUCGAUAUCUAAUUAAAGGCUACUCGAUAAUCUUUUUUUAUCGCGCUCGACGCCUGCCCGUUCGCAGCGCAGAAGGCGCAGCCGUAGAUCAGCGCGCGGCUUCGAGAGCCCACGGCGAGUCCGGCGGCGAGUCGAGGCAAGAGAUCGCACACGCGGCAUCAUCGCUGCUUCGGCAUCGAUCCGUCUCUUAGUCCCUUUUUCUUCCACCGCGGAAUUAUGUAAAAUAGGCAGUACUGGACGCCGGCCAGGACGUUGACAGCUCGCCCGUCGAUGAAAAUUGUUUCUACGUAGGAGAAAACGCGAAAGGAGGACGAUCCACGGUUGUUACGUGGACACCGGCGCGGACGACGCGGACAUAGACAUCGCAGCAUUCGGUGCCACCACCACCACCACCACCACCACCACGGAGGCAAACGCGACAUACGUAAAAAAGAAAAAGAAGAAAGGGGGAGGUGGAGUACCAUGAACGCCAACGCGAACGAUCUUCCGGUGCGGCGGUGCACGUCGUACAUCGCGUGACUCGCCGCCGGUAGGCUCAAUAGGCGCACACAACAGUAGAAUCGACGCCGUCACCACUCUCCUCCCCCCUGGACGUACGUACUAGAUCGCGGCGGCCGCCGAGCAGCACCACCACCACCACCACCACUACAUACACACACCAGCGGUGCAACGCGCUGGCCUGUCUCUCCCACUCGGCAACGGCGGCCCCCCACAUACCUGGGGGUACAAUCCUUAAACGACGAGGAAACGCACACCAGGGUGGCACGAUAGUAUGACGGUGAUGCUGCUGCAACGUUCACUCACCCCGCAGUCGACGCACAGCCAAAAGACAGCGACGAAGGACUGCAGCGCGAAGCCGCCCUUUCUCUUUCUGCUGGACGACUGUCAGGAGCAUCGGCACUCCACCGACACCGACACCACGACCACUACAAAUAACAACAAUAACAAUAACAACAACAAUAAUAAUAACAAUAAUAAUAUCAAUAACAAUAAUAACGUCUUCAAGAGGGGCUCACGGAGGAGCAGCAGCUGCGAUCACGUCGCCGACGAGGCGCCGUCGUCGGUGACGUCCCAACGACUCGCCGACGGUGGUCAGGACGUCGCGAUGCGAUAUUACCGCCUCUGGAUCUACGCCUGUAACCUGGUGCUGCUCGGUAGCGCGGUCGGCUUCGCCGCUGCGGUGUCGCAAACCCUCUUGUUCACCGGCGACCCGCGUCGGCACGUGGUGCCGGGUGUGCCGCGCGCCUUCGACUUCACCACACUCUACGCCUACGUCGCCUUGGCCGCGCAGCUAGGUCUGGUGCAGCUCCUCGGCUGCAUCGCCGCCAGGCGACUCAGCGUUCGUAUGCUCAACGCCUACUGGAUACUGCUGCUAGCGUUGCUCUUCGGCGACGCUAUUAUCGGCGUCGCCUGGAUCUUCCGGUUCGACAGAAUGCGCGCCGAGCUCAGGCCCACGCUCAGGCUACGCUUGCAGGUGGAUUACGGUAAAGAGCCGCGGUUCAGCGAGCAAUGGGACCGACUGCAGCGGGAGUUCAUGUGCUGCGGCGUGACCGGGCCCCGGGACUUCGGUUCGCGCUGGCCGCAGACCUGCUGCGCGGUCAGCAUGAACGUCAGCGAGACUUGCCCGCAGCCAUACGGACGCGGCUGCGAGGAGUCGCUGGUGCGCUGGCUCAGGAAAACCGCAGACCUAUUGUUCGUGCUGGGCUUCUGCGUAAUCGCCUUCGCCAAGCUAUGCUUCCUCGGCAUACUGCGCUACGAAAUACGAGAGAUGAUACAGAAAAUACGAAUGCUGCGGGAGCCGCCGCCGCCGGCUGCGACCUUCGCUCAGCCACCGUUCUCGCAGGUGCUACCGGAGACGACGGCCAACAACGGCAGCAUCGUCAGGCGCACUACCCUGCCUAACGCGGUCACACCUUCCGGCAACGCGUCGCUGUUGCUACAGUCAGACGAGUGCAACACCGGCCGGCAUCCGUUGCUGGCGAACAACUUGCAGGACGGCGGCGCCGACAGCGACACAAACAGCCACUGCGCCCUCAUACUCGAGGAGACGACGCCGACCUCGGCGAACCACAACUGCACGGCGGCAGCGGGCCGCGAGAAGAGUAACGGCAACAAUAACUACGAGAUGCGUGAGUUCAACCGCAGAUUGCUGCUGUCGAACGGUGCGAGCCCGGCCGCGGGCGUCACCGCGGGCGGUCAGAGCAGACGCACCUGACUAUGGAGAUGGUGGCGAAACACCUCGAACCGUUUCCUGUACAGGAGCAACCGGCGCGCCGACAUACCGCUAUACAAAUAAGCGACGAGACGUUACAUUCUCCUAUCAGGCGUUUCGGUUUCUUUUCUAAGAGAGUAAUUAUACAAGAAGAGACACAUACGCGCGAAGACACACAUACUAUACACAAUGAGGUAGACAGAUAGAUAGAUAGAUAGAUAGAUGGACAGACGGACGGACGGACGGACGGACGGACGGACGGACCGACGGACAGACAGACAGACAGACAGACAGACAUACAUAGACAUAUUGCGAGCUACUGGCUGGCGUGAGUCCAACGUAUGCGGCGGACACGCGAGGAUAUGUUGUCGUGCGUCGACGCGAUCGGCGACAGGGUUUCGGAAAGCACCGCAUAGCUUGCCUUUAUACAAGGUGAGGCAAUAAUAACUAUUACUAUCUUGAAUAUCUUCGAGAUAUGAGGGUAGGAAUCUUUGUCUAACGGAAAUUAUUCUAACUUAUCCAACAGAAAUUUUCAUUGAUACCAAUAGUCGUCACUUCAGAUUUUUGAAGCUGCUCCACUUAGAAAAAAGUGGUACCGCCAUAAGACGCGCCGCUUUUGUACCAUGUAAUUUCAGCUGGAUACAUUCUUCCUAUUCUCAUUAUUUCGAACAUGUUCAAGGUCGCAAUUGUUAUCGCCUCAUUCUCUAUAUAGUCUGCCACUCCCUUCAUCCGAUUUAUUGGCGGUGCGCGCUUCGACGACAACAACAAUAUCGUGGAAGACCGCGACGACAGACGUUGAACGGUAAAGAAACAUUGAGACCAAGCGUUCGCGAAUCGAUAUCACGGUGGUACUAUGUACUACAAGCGAAAGACCAAAUCAAAACAUAUAUGAUAGUAGGGAGUAUCUCCGUUUUGUGAGGCGCGAGUCGUGACUCGAGGGGGAUCGAGGCGAGGCGACGAAGUCUCCGGCUCCGCGAAUACGGCGAGCGGCACGCGAACGUUAGCGCGUCGACGUUGACAUCGCGUGUACGAGUUGUCCCUCAGUAUCGUUCCUGUUUCUUUCCUUUCAUACGGAUCUUUAUCAUCGACCCCAAUGUUGAGCCAACGUGGGCACUCUCGUGCUCGCCAUAUCGUUCAGAGACGACGGCUUCACGCAGUACGAACCUUUGAACCGAAUGUGACGAGCAACUCGUGAACGCGCGACGAAAUACGGUCGAGAAAGCACGUUCUAUUUGCGUCACGUAAUACUAAUAGCGCAAGUCAUACUAAUUUCGUCAUCGUCGACGUCAGUCGCGGAUUGUAGGUGCAUGUGCUAAUUUUAAAUGACUAUAGAAGAUACUUUCUUUACUCUCUCUCUCUCUCUCUCUCUCUCUCUCUCUCUCUCUCUCUCUCUCUCUCUCUUUUCCUCUUGCUCGUCUUUUUAUAGACCACGUUAUCCUCCGCAAGCUUACGCCGUAUUCGCGAGCGCGUGCGCGUCCGAGGUUAAAGUCGCGAGUUGCUCGUUACGUUGCGAGACCCUCGAACUCUCGUCCUCGAGUAGCGGAUGCGCGUCUUACGUGUGUCUUUCCGUCCUCGCAUGGUCGGUGAAACUACUUUUGUAGAUUUAUUUCUAGCCGUAAGAGUAUCUUACAUAUGCCGCAUAUACACACACGCAUGCAGACGUUCUUCUCUCCCGGAUGAGGACGUAUAUCGAUCGCGUCAUCGAUUACACCAGAAACACAUCGUCGUGUAUCAUUUUCUUUCCUCAUGUGAAGGUAACGCGCUCGAGCUCUCUACAUGCUGGUAGUAUGUCACAGUCGAGUGUAACUAUCGUCGCCGAGGUAACACACGGAACAAGAACGCCCGGCUUCUCCCGUCCGGCUUCUGCUGGACCAACAAACCGGUCAGAGUUUCCCGAUCGGCUCUCGCGCAUCAGCGUUCGGCCGUCUUCUUAUUUCGCGAUUCUGUCGAAAACACGAAAAAGACGUUACAUUAAUAAAUUCAUUCAAUGGACAACGUACUGUUACCGAAAUAACUCUCGUGAACAAAAAAGAGGGAGAGAGAAAAAGAGAAAGAGACAGAAAAGGGGAGAGACCUGAAAAUUUCAUCAAUCGGCAUCGGUUGCCGUGAGACUCUCCUCGAAGGAGAGACGCUCGAAAUAAUUCCAAACUCGUUACCAGAACUUUUGUUAGCCGACGUAAACUUUCGAGACUAUAUCUCCGCCGGCGACCCUACGCGCUCGGGGUCCUCUCAAUAAUGCAGGCGAGCGGCUAUUCCUGUCUGAUCGUACGAGCGGUUCGCGGAAGCAUUGACCAUCUCCGCCACGACCACCACCACCACCACCAUCACUACAAAGCAGAAGGAGAAAAACUAUCAUAUACCUCCUCUCACCCCGCGAUCACCCCGUCGAGAAAGCACCGCCCUGUAAACAAGAUCUCUAGACAUGAAGAUAAUCAUCACGAUAGUUACGGGAGAUCAUUGUGAGAUACUACUGCCAAAUCGAUCCUCCCCUGCCCUCCACCUGCUCACCCUCUCCACCACUCCCGCAGAAGGAAUGUACAUCUAUUUCGACGAAUCGUCCUUGAGAGGCAAGGAGGAUUCGUUUACUUUCCUCGUUACUAACGCAACACAAAGAGCGAGAGAGCGAAAGAGAAUGACAAAACGAGAGAGACAAAGAGAAUGAGAGGUACUCCGACGUAGGCAACAAUAAAACGAUUCCUAAUUUUUUUAUAUACAUACGUAUCGCUACAUCUAAAAGAUACGCGUCACGCAAGUAGCUUCUACUUGAUUUGUUCUUCGUAAAUCCGGGGUCCCGUUGAUCGGCGGUGGAGACAGCGCCGACGUAAGUUUCGACGUUUUCCUUUUUUUUCUUCUUCUUCCCAAGAUUACAUUUCGUUUCAUCCUUUCGCCUUUAGCGACGACCUCCAAGAAGGUCUGCCUCCCCUCGCUCCCGACCGAUGGCGAUUCGUCUUACGAGCAACAAACGACAUGACGUAACACUCAAGAGUAAUUGGCUUCCUAGGUAGGGUUAAAAGAAAGACAUUAGGGGUUAUACGUUUAAAUGGGGAUACAAUAAUAACGGAUACAAAACUAUAGUAGGCUGUACAUACCGGCAUACGAUAGAUAAUAACCAAAAGCGUCGAUCGUCUGCUUAAGGAGAAACCGAGACACACCGAGUUAUAUUCGCUGAAUUAUACGCCACUAGACGAAAGGUACACACACAAACCCACGUAUACGCACACACUCCUCACACGUUAGUUAACUUUUGUUCCGUCGUAAUUUGAAAUUUAGACGUGUGCCUCGCGAGACCCGGUGCUUCAAGUUCCGCGAAGGCGCGUCGAUAACAAUUAUCCGCAAUGUAUUCCUGGGAGGGAAUUGUUGCUCGUUACGGCGAAAGAAGUGUUUUGCUGCUCGAUGAAUCGAAUCAGUGAGAGGGCUGAGCGCGUUCAGAAGAGCCACGUACUCCUGCGAGAUCUCUAUCGCUACGCGGCAGCGAAUGCGUAGAAGUGCAUCGCAGAAAUACGUACAAAAUUAUCGGCUCGCCUUCGUAAUCACAUUAGUCUGGACAACAGGGUAAUUAUUAAUUCAUCAUACGGAAGAUUGCCUCCAUGUUCUUAGGAUGCUUUGAUUAACGUCAUCUCGCGACAUCGCGAAUCCGCGAGGCGUUCGCUCUUGAGUUUUCUUGAGAAAUGAGUAAUCCUUUGCUUCUUUCUUUCUUUUUUCGUUUUUCUUUUCUUCUCUUUGCCGAUAACGUGCAGAAGUCCGACCGUUCUUUCUUAAUCAGACUGUCGAAUCAUUGUUGAAUGUAAUAAACUAAUAAUAAUAAUAAUAAUAAUAAUAAUAAUGUCGAAGCUUACACCUCGCAGACACACAGCCUCUGCCAUUAAGUGUAUAUAAAGAUGUUACAUACAGGAGAUAGACUAUAAUCGUUUUUUAAUUAAUUAGUCCAGAAGAGGAUACGUUCGUAGAAAGAGAGAGAGAGAGAGAGAGAGAAAGGGGGGGAGAAGAUAGAGAAAAUCUAGUACGGAAUUAAUAUCAACAUCUAUGAUCGAACGAGGGUAAAUUAAACUCCGCUUCAGUUGUCGUAUCGAUGUACCGUCUUUACUAGAAGAAAAAAGAGAUAAAGAACGGCGAAAGGUUUUAGACCUUUAUAUAUAUAUAUAUACAUAUAUUUUAUUCGAGCGAAAUAUAUCCUGAUGUUAUUACAAACCCCACCGCAAGAAAGACUCUGAAGUUCAAACGCGUAGUGUGAUUUGUAACUUGAUCGGUAUCUAAAUGUAACAUAUAUACAUAUAAUACUUGAAGAGAAGCGGAUGACAGGGAGCUUUGAAUAGUGCCUGCUUAAAAAUCCAAUUUAUUAUAUCUCAAACAACUUAGGUACGGUCGAAACAAUUAGACAUCCGUGACAUUGCACGUUGGACGCGAUGUUUCCAACACGUUGAGUACUACAUUGUGCGGACGGGGUGUGAACUUUCACAGGGAGCCUAUCCCGUGGAUGACGGGGUUUUACUUAUUCAAUUCGGAACGACUCUCUUAAGUAUUCUGCCUAAUCGACUCUAACUCGUGCGGUCGGUCGAUGUAUUGAACAAUCUGACUUCGUGCACGAUCAUGUCACUCAACGUAUUGGAAAGUCGCUCAGCAGGAAAUGGCAAUGCUUGAGAAUGUGAUUUUGAAACGAGAGAAAGAGGAGAAAGAGAUACGCGUACACCUAUCAGAGAAAAGAAAGAUAUGAAAAUUUAUACACCUUAGCCGACUUCUCUAUAGAUACCGAGCAGCCAUCAGAGCCGGAAAAAUCCGCGUAAAUAUGUGUUAACAAAAGUAACCAGAGUUAUUUUAUUUGAAGAUACGCGCGUGGCAAACACGACACACACGCACACAUACAUAAAGAAUCAACUUCCCACUCGACCAUUCUCAUUAACUGAAGCCGAAGUGUUUCCGCGCGACGCGUGUGAUGUCACGAGUGAGACAAUUUCAUAGAGUGAUCGUAGAACGAUAUACUACUGGAGAAAAAGAAAAAAAGAAAUAUGCACACCUAAAAGGCUUUGAUUAUUUUAAUACUGUAUAAAGACGACAUGACGAAACAAGUGUAUCUGAAGACUGUGUAGUGGAUGAAUUAUACCGUAGUUGCGAGUUACUACAGUCGAGAGAAAAAGAGAAAGAGAGAAAGGGAAAGAGCGUGAAAGAGAGUGAGAGAAAGGGAGAGAGAGAAAGGGCGAGCUCAAGAAUGCGUUUUACGUUGAUAACCUCUCGUAUUAAAUACCGUACCGACAAAGCUUGCGUCUGUAAUUUAAUUAAGUUAGAUAUGCCGUAUACUUGUGUAACGUAACAUGUUGCACGUAAACGACGUUGUGACGGCCGUAUUUCAUAGGUUUGCUAUUCUAUACAGCGUUUGUUAAACGUACACACCCACCUCUUCCCCGCGUACUCUAUCCUCUACGAGUUCCCAUUAUUUGAUAUAUUAUUAAGUGUACAUAAACAACAAAAAAAACAAGAACAAAAAAACAAAGGAGAUAAAGAGAAAAAGAGAGAGGAGAUCACGGUGGUAAUUGUAUAUAUAAAUACUGUUACUGUUCUAUAACUAUUAUGUAAUAUGAAUACAAGAAAAAUUGGUUAUUUAGUAUAA